AUGUCUGCCCUCAUUGGACCUAUAUCCGGAGCGCUUGUCGCAGGCGGGGUAUAUUACGGUAUCUCCAAUCUCAUUCAUACCAGAACUGAGCAACAGCGCCGGGAACUGCAUACGCUAUCAGUUCGUUUGACCGAAACCCCUACGUUCGUGAACGCACCCCCGUCCGCUGCAUCAAGGAUCGAGCAUAGACCAUUCGCAUCUCUGAUAAAGGGGAAAUGGAACGAUGAGAUAGACAACCUGGUUGCUGGCUUGCGUUCGUUAGAUGAACGUGCCAUUUCCUAUGGCAAGAAGCUCUUAUACAACUCUACCACCCCGCCCAAAACAUCAUGA